CAACUUAUACGGGUUCUCAACGGUUUACUAAAAUCUACUUUUUAGAAAACUUUAUGAGAUAGAUUAAGAAUUUCUUAUAUAGUCACGUUCAGAAGAUCGAGCCCCACCAAAUGGAACUAUUUCGAAAUCUGUACGCCUAAAAUCGACUAAGUCACACUGACAAAACUUUACUGUAUGAAAAACGGGAUAUCUGCAUAAUAGACACUGAGCCUAACUGAACCGUUUCGUUCAAAUUACACGGAUUCUCAAAGAUUUAUAAAAAACCUACUCUCUUCAGUGUUUAACAGAAUAGUGUGAGAAAUAUCUUGCAGAAAUCAAUUGACUAUCUGUUCGGUACAUAAUCUCGUUAGAAAGAUUUUUGAGUCUCUCUUACCUCUAUGUUCAUGCUAUAUGACAAUUUCAGUUACUUUCUAGGUAUAUUACGUCGAUUUUUGGUUUAUCCAUCAGGGAUGAUCUGGCCAGGUGCAUUAGUUCAAUGUGCAUUUUUCCGCACAUUACACGAAAGUAAAGAGGAGGAUGCAGUAAACAAUGUCACUCGUUGGAAAAUGAGUCGUCUAAGACUUCUGCUAUACGUCGCUCUGGCAUCAUUCUUGUAUUAUUGGCUGCCGGGUUAUAUAUUUCCAUUGUUGGCGGCAUUUUCAUUCCUUUGUUUACUUAAACCUACCAAUCUUCUGUUUUCACAAAUAACGGGUAUCAGUGGACUUGGUGUUGGUUCGGUGCACUUAGAUUGGAGCUAUAUAACAGCUUAUUUAGCUUCACCAAUUAUUGUACCCGGUUGGGCACAACUGAAUAUUCUAUUUGGAUUUGUUGUGCUGGUCUGGAUUGUCACUCCAAUUAUGUACUACACAAACACGUGGGGAUCAAAAGCAUUUCCACUAGGAACAACCGACUUAUAUCGAGCGGAUGGCUCGCUCUAUGAUAUUACAGUUGUACUGGAUCAAAAUUCGAAAUUAAAUGAAACUGCCUACAAGCAAUAUGGUACGAUUCGACUAACAGUCAUGUUUGCACUUGCCUAUGGACCAACAUUUGCUGCUCUAACAUCAUGCAUUGUUCACACGAUACUGUUUCAUGGUAAAGAGAUUAUAAGACAGUUCAAUAUGUCGAUAACAGAAGCUAUGAAUGAAGUGCACGCUAAGUUAAUGGCUAAAUACGGAGAAGCACCUGAAUGGUGGUACACUAUUGUGUUUUGUGUCAAUGUCUUUGUAGCAUGUUUGGUUUGUCAUUUUGGAGACUUGAUGCCCUGGUAUUGGUUAUUCAUCGCUAUAAUUCUUGUAUUCGUAUUACUUUUACCUAUUGGUAUCGUGCAAGCCCUAUCAAAUCAGCAACUUGGUCUUAACGUUUUUGCAGAAUUUAUAGGCGGCUACUUAAUGAGCGGUAAUCCAACUGCACCAUCUUGUUGGUCGACGUUAUAUAUGACUAUUCUCAUCGGUAAUGGAACAUUCAAAACAUACACAUAUAUAGGCCAAGUGCAAGCAUUACUAAUGAUACAAGAUUUAAAAUUGGGACAUUAUAUGAAAGUGCCUCCACGUAUAAUGUUUAUCGCUCAGAUAUCAUCCGCUGUCAUUAGUUCUGUUGUCAGCUACGGAUUUGGUCUUUUCUUAUUAGAUGGUAUUAAAGAUAUAUGUACGCCACAGAGUCAGAACUGGGGAUGCCCAAAUCCAAAUGUUUUUUAUACUGCUUCAGUGAUAUGGGGUGCGGUGGGUGCGCAAAAAUCGUUUAUUAAGAACGAUGUAUCCUAUUAUCAUAUAUUCUGGUGUUUUCCUCUGGGUGUCAUAUUGCCUAUCAUACAAUGGUUGAUAUUACGAAAAUGGCCGUCACAAUCUUGGUUACAUUAUGUUCACUUCCCAAUUAUGUUCUCAAGUUUAUCAUAUCUAAUACCAGCACCAGCAGGAAACUUUGUCUCUUGGUUAUUUUUGGGCUUAUUUUUUAAUUAUGUUAUCAAGUAUUAUGCACUUGACUGGUGGGACCGUUAUGCAUAUAUCACAUCAGCAGCUUUAGACAUAGGUGUAGCAUUCUCCAGUCUUCUCAUCUUCUUAGCUUUAAGCAAUCAAGGUAUUUCAUUUCCAAAUUGGUGGGGCAUGGGUGGUCCAACGUACGACGGAUGCCCUUUGUCCAAUGCGAAUUAUUCGGGAGUUAUCCCGGGAUAA